GAAGUGCUCUGGGCUGUGAUCACUGACAGAUCAUGAACUGCAGCGCAGAGAGAGAAUGAUAAAAACCCUUCGCGAGGAAGGAAAACCGAGCGAGCGAAACGCAGCUUCCAUCGGAUCGCUGACAAACUAACUCAGGUGUGAGCGUGCUACCUGUAUUUACAGGUUUACUUUACUAGCAAAUAUGAAGGUUUACAAGGAGAUGAUACGAUAUGAAUCUGCCCCACUGUCAGCGAGACACCAUGACCGAGAAACCACCGAACCCAUCAGUUUCUUUCUUUCCAACCUGGAAGAGGCGAUCUCCUGGAAACCCACCAGACAGGACAUGUUCAACGUUGCUGUGACUCCUCUCGCUAAGAGACACCCACCACUUGAAAGCCCGAGACCCAGGACUCUGAUCUGUCAUGAUAUGAAGGGAGGAUACCAAGAAGACAGGUUUGUCCAGGGUUCCGACACAAGUGACCCCUACGUAUUCUACCACUGGCAACAUAUCGAUAUAUUCGUGUACUUCAGUCACCAAAUGUUCACGCUGCCUCCUGUGUGUUGGACCAAUGCUGCUCACAAAAAUGGCGUGUGCGUCCUAGGUACGUUCAUCACAGAGUGGGAGAACGGAGCAAAGGCCUGUGAGUUGUUUUUGGCUGGUGAGGAAUCUGCAUAUCGAGCAGUCGCUGAUCAGAUGGUACGUCUGGCAGAGUAUUUUCAGUUCGAUGGGUGGUUGGUCAAUAUCGAGAAUCUGCUGAGUCCCUUGGCAGUGUCCCGUGCUCCCCUCUUUCUGCGCUAUCUGACAGACCAGCUGCACCAGCGCGUACCGGGCGGCCUGAUCCUGUGGUAUGACAGCGUGAUCCACAGCGGGGAGUUAAAAUGGCAGAAUGAGCUUAAUGACAAUAACAGGCAGUUUUUUGACGCCUGUGAUGGAAUUUUUACAAACUACAACUGGCGAGAGGGAAACUUGCAGGCUAUGGCGGACGAGCCGCGUCGGACGGACGUGUAUAUCGGCGUAGAUGUGUUUGCUCGGAGCGAGGUGGUGGGAGGGAAAUUUGACACUUUCAAGUCGUUGCAGAUGAUCCGAACAUAUGGCCUGUCAGCUGCUCUGUUUGCUCCUGGCUGGGUUAUGGAGUGCCUGGAAAAAGACGAAUUCCUACAGAACCAGCACAAGUUCUGGUCUCUGCUGGAGAACUAUCUAUUUAUACACAGCCUCUGCUCACUUCCUAUCUGCUCCACUCUUUGCAUUGGAUGUGGAAAGAAGAGAUUCUCUUUUGGAAAGGAUGAAGAAGUUGGCCCAUGGUUUAACUUGAGUGCCCAGGAGGUUCAGCCAAUCUUCACAGAGGUCACGUCUCAAGACCAACAGAGUGGGUGGGUGAGGUCCCGGAUCUGCCAGAAGGAUGCGUGGCAAGGAGGCAACUCGCUGCUGAUUGAGGGGAAGUUACCAGCAGAUACAAAUGGAGUCACACUGAGGUUGUUGUCCCUGCAUGUCGCGUCUCCACAGAAUCUCUUGCUCCUCUUGGUGUACAAGUUGGAGGAACCAUCCAAAGUGUCUGUGGCGCUGGAGCUGGGAACGCAGGACGUGACUUCCUGCCAGGUGGAGAGUAUCACAGGAGUGAGUGAGCAGGUGGAGGCACGCAAACUGCAGACGCUCUCUGAGCCUCCCAGUCAAUUUUCAGACAUCCAGAAAGACAACAGACAUGGCUGGGUGCAAAGGUACUAUGAAGUGGAGCUCAAUGACUGCUUCUUGACCAGUUUGUCCAUCCACCUAUCCCACCUAACAGACAGUCGGCAGGAUGAAUUCUUCACGUGUCGCAUCGGAGAGAUCAGGAUCUUGGAUGUGUCCGAACCUCCAUCUCUGCCUGCACAGCCCUCAGAUCUCUCACUUUCCAACCUCCGUUGGCGCAGGAAUCCAGAAACAGAUCAGCUGUUGGUCAGCCUCACAUUGCGCUGGGCGCAUCCCAAGGGCAGCGCGCGUCACUUUCGCAUUUACUGCAGAGGAGUCACCUGCCUUCUUUCAUCCACCUCUGAUGCUCAUCUUCUAGGUCUGGCGCAUGCUUGCGUCUAUCGGGUGGUGGACCUGGCAGUGCCCAAUGCCUGCCCUCCUAUUUCAGGGCGGCUGGAAUUCGCUGUCCAGCCAGUUAGUAAAGACGGACUUGAAACAUUACCACUGGAAUGGGGGCAUCUGGCGCUAGAAUACGCGGAGCAGACACACACAGAGGUUUGAUGAUGGUGGAGGUUCUCAGCCACAAACUCUGACAAAGAGAUUGGCUAAUUAACAUAUCCUCAACACAAAACCAAAUUUUUGACCAAUGAAGCCAUUCUUUUCACCAACAGCCAAGAUUCUACAGGUAACAGGAUGACAAACGUCCACGCAUUUCGUAUAGUCCCUUUUCUCCUACCUUGGCAUUUCCUGCACCUAAAGAAUCUUCCUUGGGACUACAAGAACAGCAGUUAUAGGCAGUGACAAUCAAACCUCAUCUAUGCACACAUCCAUCCUAAAACUUAGGUCGGCAUUGGAAGUUUUAUGUCCUUAUCGUAUUCCUUCCAUAAAACUGACUGAAAACUCUGUCCCUGUUCAAUUCACAGCUUAUUAUGGCCGACGUAUGGAAAGGUUUUGAAGGAGCUAUAACUCACAAUGACCAUCUCUUGAACUUUGACCAGGAGCAUCUGUUAUUGAUGAGUCCCCAGCAGAUAGUUGGGUUGCUUUUUUGAAAUCUUGUUCCAAACUCCAGGACAGAUUCCUUCCGUGAUCCAUGUAUCAGUAACUUCUGGUUGCGAUCUUUUCCCUUCUUCCUGGAAGGCCAUUAGUAUUAAAAAGAAGAAAAAAAGCCAUAGGGCAUUGGCUGCCCAGGAUUGUCUAUCUCCUGUUUUCUCCACUUAUGUGAAAUGUGGGAAAGGGGUGGAUAAAGGUUCAUGGUAAAAGAUUAGUUUUUUUGGGGGCUAAAGAUCAGAAAUAGAAGAUGGGUCGGGUAUUAUACGCACAUUGAGGGGGGUAUACAUAACUAAAACGUGCAUAUUUAUUACAAAGAGGAAAGCAAGAUCAUAUAAAUCAUCUUUCCUUAGUGAAUUGCACAUGGGAAAAACAUAUUUGGACAGAACUUAAUAAAACGCGUUAAUGUUGUGUUUUAGAAGACUUGGCCUUGCAGGGUGUCAUGGCGUCCAAAAAAAUAAAAACUACAGUCUUGGUAGACACGAGAUUACUCGGGGCCGGAAGGAUGGGGGAGGUAAUAUGUUAAUAGUUACUCAGUCAGAUACCCCACUUAGGCGAGAGUUUUAAACUUCCAAUGUAUGACUGAGCAAGAUAAGACAUUUCCACACAUGGCUUCAGAUGGCUGCCAACAAAACAUGUAUUCGGUGCAAUAAAUCAGUAGAUGAGACAGAGGUCGUGGCACGGUUAAACGCCUGCCUGAUGGGCCUGUUAUCGUAAAUACGGUACUCCUUUAUAUACACCUAUCUGACAUUACCCAGAACGCAGUAUUGCUCCCAAUCCCUGUGUUUUUCCUUUUUCUACAUUACUCUUUCGAAUUUUGCUCAAAUCUCAGCCUUUGUGACACCUUCACCAUGUGAACUACACUGAUUCAGGGCAACAGUCACAUCUGUGAAAUUCUGUAUAAGUUAACGCACGUAGAGGCAUAACUUUUUUUUAUAUUAGUGACAUGGGUAUAGGUGUUUAAUAUAUAUUCUAUAUAAUUAUCCAUUAACUAAGGCAUCCUCUGUGUGAAGUUACGUCUCAAUUUUCACCACAAUCCCUUAAAGCUAGUGGACAGGAUUCUGAAUAUUUUGGGGUAUCGAGCGAUGUUUGUUUCUGUAUUAUAAUUGUAUGUGUCUUCAUGCUGCUAGUAUUUGUGGAUUUGGGCUCCACUGCAGCAAUUUGAAAGACAAAAUGUGAACUGCCAGAUUUAGAAAAUGAGCUUUAGGCUCUCGGCCAUGACCUUCGUCGCAUGGGUGGAAUUGUACUUCACUCCUCAAUCCUGACUCCCUCAGUCGAUGGAUCUACUCGGGGAAGGUUUUCUUUUCUUCACCAGGACAUUAAGGACAUAGAUUCCUGAAGUGAUCAAAAUCAAUCCAUGAUCAAUCCAUACUAUCCUUGGUAAGACUCUGAUUUACAGAUGAUCGUAAUAAUCAUCAAAUGGAUUGCUAGGGAAUAUUACAUUAGCAACGUUGGGAACGCCAUAAAAUGAUUAAAAACAUGUAGAAAAACACGUUUUCUUUAUACUUUAAAACCAUUCCUAAAAUUAUAUAAAGAGACUGGCUAUUAAAGUGUGUAUUACUUGGGACAAGUAGGAAAACGAAAGUUUUUCUUUUUUUUGUUGUCAUUUUAAACAUGCUUACAGACUGACUUCACGAUCAUCCGAUGAAAAUGUUUACAGACGCCUCAGCGUGUGAAGAUUAUUCUGUUUUGCUACGUGUGUAUCACUGAAAGAAUAAAAUGUAACUGAAAUAAA